UUUAAACUAUGCACGCGCCGUUUGCGGGCACGCGCAAACCCCAACGUGACGUCACGCGUUGGGAAUGUAGCGAGGAGCUGCUAAAGGCCUCUGGAUCCGCGACAAAGUGGGUUUUAUGCGCUUCAGCAGAAAGAAACUUUUCGGGGAUGCCGUUCACGGACCACUGAACGUCUAAACCCAGCUAUGAGACCGAAGAAAAGAAGACAGUAGCUUCACCGUAACAGAACGCAGAACUCUGCCAUGUCCGGUCCCACCUGGCUGCCCCCGAGAAACCUGGACAGCCCCGAACGUGCCAUCCCCCACAUGUCCCACUCCUCCUCCGGGGCAGCAAUCUACCGCGCCCCCAACAAAAAGGCCAUGUCAGACUUCAGGGCAAAAUAUGGUCCGUACGACCAGAACGGAGUGGGCGGGCUCACCAACAGGUACAUGGCGACUGGAGCCACAGGUGCUCCAAGUCAUCAUCCAACAAACGAUCGCUAUUAUUCUCCUCCGCCUCCUCCUGGCCCCAAAGAGGACCGCAGCUGGAGCCCCCGUGUGGACAGCUACGAUCUGAUGCAGCUUCCUCCUGAGAAGACGGGCAGCUAUCACUCCAAGAUCGACGCCGACAUCGACUCCCUGACCGGCAUGCUGGCUGAUCUGGACAGCCACCCGCAGGACUCCAGCUCUCAGCUCUACGACAACGUGCCUUACAACAAAUACGUAUCAGGGGAACACUACAAGCCUCAGCACCAGAGACCAGUCCCUCCUCAGGGUCAGCCGUCCAUGGGCUACGCCCCCCACCCUCAGAACCAGUACCACCCGGCUCCUCCGUAUCCCAGCAAGCACCAGACCCCUCCCUAUUCCCACCAGCAGGACUACUACCCAUCCUCCACCCCCAAACCCUACCCCCAGCCCGUCCCGGCCUCCUACACCACCGCCUCCACCCCCACCGGGCCCAGGUUCAGCGUGCAGGUGAAGACGGCGCAGCCCGUCACCUACUCCCAAACGGGGAGGCAGGCUGAGCAGGCGUACACUCCGCCGCCCCCUCGCCAGCACCCGUCACGGCCUCCCGCCCAGAUCCAGGCGGCGCCGCAGGGCUGGUACCCGCCGCACUCUAACGCACAGGUACAGGAGAUGCAGCCUGACGCCGCCUAUAAGGGCGGAGUCUCAGGUUCUGUGGGGCGGGUCAGCCAGAUCCAAAUGUCCAAGAGAGGAAUGGAGAACAACCAGACCGGACCAGGAGCCGCUCAGAGUCCCGCGUAUCAGUCCAAGCAGGGGGCAGCAACGAUGAGGCCAGAGGAGGAGCUGGAUCGCCUCACCAAGAAGCUGGUUUAUGACAUGAAUCACCCUCCUGCAGAGGACUAUUUUGGUCGCUGCGCCCGCUGUGGGGACAAUGUGGUUGGCGACGGCAGCGGCUGCAUCGCCAUGGAGCAGGUGUUCCACGUGGAGUGCUUCACCUGCAUCACCUGUCACACGCGGCUUCGAGGGAAGCCGUUCUACGCACUCGAGAAGAAGAGCUACUGCGAGAGCUGUUACAUUAGUACGUUAGAGCGCUGCUCCAAAUGCUCCAAGCCCAUUCUGGACCGCAUCCUGCGGGCCAUGGGGAAAGCGUACCACCCUCGAUGCUUCACCUGUGUGGUCUGUAACUGCUGCCUGGACGGCGUGCCGUUCACCGUAGACGCCACAUCUCAGAUACACUGCAUAGACGACUUCCAUCGGAAAUACGCCCCUCGCUGCUCAGUGUGUGGUGAACCCAUCAUGCCUGAACCUGGACAGGAGGAGACUGUCAGGAUCGUCGCUCUGGAUCGUAGCUUCCACGUCAACUGCUACGUCUGUGAGGAAUGUGGCCUCCUGCUGUCGUCUGAGGGCGAAGGUCGCGGCUGCUACCCACUGGACGGCCACAUCUUGUGCAAGAGCUGCAGCGCUCGCCGCAUCCAGGACCUGUCGGCCAAAAUCUCCACCGACUGCUAACCGAUUUACAGCAUCGAUCGCACAAAAACGACAACCUCUUGUUCUGUUUUUGUCUGUUACUGAAAUGAAAAGUGUCAAUUUGUGCAGCUCUAAAUUAAUGUUACUUCUGAAAUUAGGAGAUUUAAAAUGCAAUAAGGUUUGUUUUUGUUUCUGUUUCCUAUGGUACAUUGUCUAUCAUGUUCAGUAUUAGUAGCCUGACCUGCAGGCAGCUUGGGCUCCAUCUUCCCCACACCGUCGGUACUGCACAUCACUGAUCUAACGGAUGAGGAGUGGAGAGAAAUCCACGUUUCAAUUUGUCUCAUUUUCUUUUUUUUUCUUCUCAUAAUGAAUCAAAGCUCAAAACUGCCUCUUUAAAGCAUUAAUCAAAGCACACAAAACAACAAACUGUGAUUGUACAGCACACAUGAAUUGCAGGGUUUAAUCAGCUCCCAGGAGUUUUACUUUGAAAGGAUUUCUCCUUCAAAGCAGCAUCACGGAGCGAGAAAUGAAGACAAAAGGAAUGUGUGAAAUUACUUUUUUACAAUUUGAAUCAAACAAUGAGGAGACGUUCACCAUCUACUUUAGUUUUUCCUCCGGUGUUUGAUUAUUUGAUACUUGACUGUUACGUUUCUGAUGGUGCAAUGAAGAGAAACGCUUCUAAAGGAAACAGGGUGUAGGACACUCCUGAAGCCUUUGUGCCAUUUAGAUUAAAAAAAAAGAUUGAAACCAUUUUUAGUUAAAUGAGAAAAGGCACCCAAUUUAAAAGGGACGAUUUCAUUUUUCUUAGAAUCGUAUUUGUUUACUUAUGAGAUGGAUUGUGCACUCCUGGAGCGACAGUAUUUGUCUUUUCCGUCCACGUUUAGCUAAAGGGCUACGUCCUUAUCAAAAGGAUCUCAUUGGGUUUCAGUUUCGAACUGGAUUUACUGUGAAUUCACCUUUUUCUCAUCACCUGAAAACAAUCCUCCUUCCUGCUGUAAUCUAAUCUGUAAUCUCUCUGCCAUCACUCCUGAUAUCAGACCAUUUAUGUCUCUCUGUUCAUUUAUUUAUCCUAAAUGUUCAUUUUAGACUUUAGGUCUUUAGGGGGGGAUUCCUCUGCCUGCAGCACAAGAUAAUCUACUUUAAUCCUGUUUUGUCCUGGAUACAUGUCAUUUUAAAGAAACUAAUAGUUAGAUAAAUGAAUGUCAACAUAUGUGAACUCCAGAGUGGAGUUUGCUCCUAAUUCAGAUUGUAGAAUUGUACUUCAAUAUUAAAGAAUAAGCAAGUUGA